CGAAACGUUGCCAGCCGAAAAGUCAGCGGGCCGCGGACGACGAUAUCCCCACAAAAAACCAAACCAGAACCAAAAACAGCUCGCAACAUUGGCAACAUAGCAACCCCCCAUCAGCAACAUUAGUUUCGUCUUUGAGUUUCAGUUCAGGGUACCACUAUAUGAUUUGAUAUGAUACAUAAACCCCGAUUGUUAAGUGAUUUUGUGCGGUGAUCAAUGUGUGCGAUCGGCAGUUUGGCAGAAUCCCCAAGAAUGCCGCGUUAAUUGAGCUGUACGUACAGCUGUAGUACAAAUUUGCAUAACCAGUGAGGAGGCAUAAACAAAUCUGGCCGCCGAGCGGAGGAGCGUCUUGGUUCACUGAUUUAAUGCCACAAACAGAUUGCAGAUUGUAGCCCGCAGCCGCGCCCCUGCAACUUGCAACUUCUUUGGCUGCAACUUGUGCAGCAGGCAGCAACCAGCUAGCAGCGACCACCUUCACCUCCACCUCGAACUCCUUGCUGCAUCUUGGACUCGGUUUGGUCUUGGUCAACCUGCUUGCAAGCUUGUUUCUGCGGAAGAGCUGCCGCCGGAGCGCCAGACCCGGCAAAAAAAAAAAACAAAUACAAAAAGAAAACAAAAAAAAAACAAAUCUAAAAAAAGUAAGGAAAAACACAUACAGAACAACACGGCUGCCGUUGUCGUCGCCUUUGGAAUUUUCUUUAAAAACAACGCGCUAAGAUUUGCAACGCGGACGCAGGCAAAAAGUGUAAAAGGCAAGCAAAUGCAGCCGCGGAAUAAAAAAAUUAGCGCAUAGUGAAGUGUGUCCCAGUGUGUGUGUGACGUCCAUUGUACAUGAGUGUGUGUUGUUCUAAACGCCGAGUGUGCGAAUAAAAAAGCUGCCCAACUGAGAGAGAAAAAGUUUGAAAAGUGUCAAGCGAGCGGCUCGGUGGCGGCCAAUAACCCAACGACUGGCAUGCAAUUGCGGCCAGGCGACCCCGACGGGUUAAUUACCGUUAUCCUUGCAACACAGCAACAACUCAAACAACAACUAAAACAACAACGAGCCACACUAAACGGUGCUCAAGUUGUGGAUUACGUCUACGCCGCGUUGUCGCCGUGUGAAAAGGACAACAGGAACACAGCAUCUGCAACAUUGGCCAUAAAAAGCGCAUUGAGCACACGGCAAAGUCAAGUGGACAUUCCAAUUGGCAACGUAACGGGCUAAUUGGCACACACAAACACAUCGCUGCACAUCAAAACGAGCCAAAAAUUGCAAGAAAAGAACCAGUAAACAGGCGAAGCCCGGCGAAAAUCCCAAUCCAUUCACCAUGCGCCAAACGGAGGACUAACGGACAACUGCGAUAACUGGCAAUAAGCGAGGAGGAGCGUCAAAGGAUUGCAGCUUUGCCCCUUCAUCCGGAAAACUCCCUCAAUCCCCACCCGGAAAACUAAAGGAAAAUGCCAUCCGUAGCAAACAGCAACUACAGCAACGAUGCGCGUCUCGGUUACGUUGUAAAUCAAGUUGCAUCCGUAUCUGUGUCCAUAUCCGCAUCCGCAUCCGCCCCGCCCUCCGAAUUUCCCACUUUCAGUCCACCGCGGAUUGCCAGUCUGGUGGCCAGCAGCUCCGCGGAGGACUUGAGCAGCUUUGGUGACGUGACGUUCGACAUCUUCGAUGACGAUGACGACUUGUUCGGCUCGCCAAUGGCCUUCGAUGCCAGCGAACAGGGCCUCUGGAACGGACGCUUCGUACCGCCACCGCCCCGCCCGCCCUUCUUCGUCGACGAGCCGGUGCUGAGCGACGGCCUGACCACGUGUGAUUUGUGCUCCUGGGCGAUGCCCACCAAGAGCACAUUCAUGUUCGAGGGAACGAUAGAAAAGGCCACAGAACUGGGCUGGCCACUGACUCUGAUCAUCGUGUCCGUGUUGUCGGCGCUGCUAGGCGCCAUCAUCAUGAUUGCCGUGGUGCGCUGCCGGCGCAAAAAGUCCUCCAACAAUCGCAACGACACGCACGUGCAAUGGUGGUCUCGCAACAAACGCGCCCACGGCAACGGCUUGAGUGGCGCGGGCGGGGCAAGUGGAGCGGCGGGUGGUGCCGGCGGCAAUGUGCACCACCACAACGGCAGCAGCAGCAACAUAAACAACAACCACCUGAGGAGGAGCAACAUCUACACGGCCCACCCGGCGGACAGCAUACGAGGUCUGCAACCGCUGCCGGUGGUGCUGCCUCUGCCACUGCCAUUGCCCCACCCACCUUCUGGUGGUGCCUCGCCAGCGUCGUCGUCGACCACACCGCCUGCUCCACAGCAGCAGCAACAUCAGCCGUUGCAACAGCAACAGUACUUCCAUCCAUACCAGCAGCAACAGCAUGUGCACCACUCGCAUACGCACCACCACCACACGCACCACCAUGUGCCGCUGUAUCCACACGACUGCGACGAGGAUGCCGCCUACGAGGAACCGGAGUACCAUCAGCCGCAGCAGCUGCACUCGGUCAACAGCAGUAGUUCGUUGUCCUCGAUAGGAUCGUCAUCACUGCCACAGGAGGCAAGCAAUUCCCGAGCCACCCACUGGCCACCGGGUGCCACAUCAGCCACCAUGGUCAUAGCCAGCUGAGAAACGGGCCAGGACUGCGCCUGGAUUUGGCAGCAGUAAUGUGGAUAGGUCUGUGGACCCAUUUCACUUAAGAUGCAGCGCACAUGGAUGGGUGCAGAUCAUAAAGGGGAUUACACGUAACAAUUUUGUGAAGUUUAUUUUUGCCAGUUCAUCCAGGGACUCCCUAAAUGUAUCUGUCUGUCGGUCUGCCUGUGUGUCGCCAAUUGGGAAAACCGAAACGAAUUUAGUGUCACUUCCGUUUCCGUUUCGCAAACUAUCGAGUCAGACAGGCGAGAGGGUUGCGGUGCGGUGUGGCGUGGCGUGGCCACAGGACAUGCUCUUUACAUGCCAUGCACGUUUCAUCCUUUAUUGCCGCUCGGCAUUAGAACAGGGAUUUCGUCGGAUUAAAGCAAAUAAAGGGCGUGCUUUCUGUUUGCACCCAACUGGCAACUGCCGAUGAUGCCACAAGUUUAAAUCGGAGCACCCAGCAUUGUUUCGGAUAUAUCGAACUUAGGCCCCGCAGGGACACAUAUGCCAUUUCAAUGGGUAUGCUUCAGUUGAGUCUGGUAUAGGAACAACAUUUGCCACUUGGAUUUUGUUUAAAUAGACAUUUUCAGCUUAAGCCUUGUGGGCAAAUGUAUGCGAAGCAUAUUCUGGGAACCUGUCCGGGGCAAACACUGGUCCAGAACUUUGUGGCUUUUUUGACUCCAUUCCGCUCUUGUAUCGCAAUGACGAGAGCAAAUGGGCUUUGAAACUGGUAAAAUGUAACGUAAAACAAAUAACGAUGAGGCGAAAUGUGAAGAGAAAGUGGGAAGAAGAAGUCGCAAUAUCAUCCGCAAAAUCAUUAAUCAAAUUAUGAGCUCAAGCAUCUAAUAGCAUUCGCAUUUUUAAUAGCCACUCGUCGUAAUAACAAACCCAUGACAAGCAUAUCAAACAUAAGCUCAACAAGGCAACAGCCAACAAAAGUACUUAAAACAAUCAAACAUUGCAGCAACUUAAAUGUAAAUGCAAAAGUAAACAAACUCGCGCCAUUGUAUAUUAAUUGUAAAUAUUUUUUGCGAUCCGCUCCAAUUAGCAAUUAACAGCAGGAGCGUGCAACAGAAAGUUUCUCCAACAACAAAAUAUGUAUUGCAUUACUUCAAUUCGAUAGAGAAAAAAGUACGAAAACAUUCCUCUUCAAAGCAAACGCAAAGUUCAAGUUUUCAUUAAACAAUUAUAAUUUACGACAACACACAACCAAAGACUAGUCAUUUAAGUCACAACGUCGAUAUGUACAAACAAGUUAAACGAGAGAUAAAAUAUGAUUAAGCCAGUUAAUUAAUUCGAUUUACGGAUGCUUCAUUCGAAUGCAUUCGAUUCGCAUUUAUUAGUUUUACGAGAUGAAAGAACAACUGCAAUACUGUAUUUUAAAUAUUUAUUCAUUAAACGCACUUUUGUCCACUCCCCUUCUAUCCCACACAAUAACAAUAAUCGUAAUUAGCAUUUAUAAUUAAAAAUUCAAACAUCAAGUAAAUAAUAAAUAAUGAAAACGAAAGACGAGAGCGGAAUAUGCGCAAAAAAUUACUACGAGCAACUCAAAAUGUUCCAAUGUUUAGAUUAGCCAACUAAUUACAUGGAAAUGUAAACAAAUCAAAUACUUCAUAGUUUUCAUAACAAAUUCAUUAAAUUGUGCAGAAAUAAUUUAGGCACACAAAAUACGAAAAGAAAAUAAAAACCAACAAAUUAAACAAAACCA